AUGUUUAAGAAAGACCCACAAGUGAAGGCAUCAGCUAAUAUAAAGUCCAGUGAUCGCAAGAAAUUACUUGCACAAGUGGUCCAACUCUACUCGGUUCCUUCAUUGCCUAAGCCAAUUCAAUCAGAGCUUGUACCAACUACAUCUAAAAAGGCAACGUUUAAAACUCAAUUCACUUCAGGUGUAAUCUACUUUUCAGAACAAGAAAUUCCUACUUAUUUCCAACCAAGAGAUGGAUCAAUAUAUCCUACAGUGUAUACAUUAUGGAAAUGUCCUUUCUUGCUCCCGCAAAUUAAAACUCAUCCUCAUGUUAUUGACAUUAUAGCGGGUGGUGCAGACUUGAUGAUUCCAGGAACAAUACCACCUUUUGAUCCUAGAUUAAAGAAAGGCGCUAUUGUUGGUGUAGUGAGUGAUUCUAAACCAGGUGUGGUUAUGGCUGUGGGUGUAUUACUUGAGGAUAUGACUGUGUAUGAUCGUGUGAUUGGAAAGUCUGGGGUUGCCGUGGAAAUAAUUCAUACUUAUUCUGACGGAUUGGCCAAGUUUAAUAAAGAAAUCGACGUGGAAAUUCCUGCAAGUGUUAAUACCGAAAUUCCAAAAGAAGAAGAAGAACAACCUGAAACUCCAUUUGAUUCAACAAGAGAGGACACGCUUUUACCUGAAGGUGAUGAAACGCCAGUUGUAGAAGAAGCAUAUGAAAAUUCUCCAAUAGAAGAGCUCACAGAAGAAGUAGCUAAACUCACAAUAGAGGAAAUAGACAACUUCUUUAUUAGAUCACUUUUCCAAACAAUCAAACUUGAAACUGUCGAACUUCCAAUUCCUUCGUCAAAAUUCAUGUCCAUGUACAUAUACAAAAACCUUCCCAAAGAUGUUGACUACAAUAUCAAACAAACAUCAUGGAAGAAAACUGCCAAGUUUCUCAAGGCAAUGACAAAAUUACAAUACCUCGACACAAAAGGUAAAGAUGAUGAUCUCACAAUUAUCAAAUUGAUGGAUAUAAAAUCACCAAUUAUACAAAGUUUUGAACCUCACAAGAUUAAUAAACCAAAAUCGAACCAAGAAGAAAAAAAUAAGAAUGAUAUGAAAAUUUCAUUGCUUUAUAAACCUACAUCCAAAGCUAGAAUGUUCUUUAACAAGCUUGAUUUGAAAUAUGAUGCGAUUUACACUGCUAGUGAAUUGAGAGGGAUGUUUGAAACUUAUGUCAAGAAAUUCAAUUUAGUUUCUUCAAACCCAAAAUCGAUAAACUUGGACGAUAUAAUAUCUAAAAUAGUCAAUAAACCACUUGGUACUCCAAUUCCAAGAGACCAAGCUUUCAGAGACUUCCAGAAGAAUUUCUCGCCAUAUUACCAAAUUGCUUCUGCUAGUCAAUCGGAAAUAUUCAAAGGAGAACCUCCAAAAAUCAACAUUGUUACUGAAAUGAAAAUUGGUAGAAAGAUAAUUACCCGUGUUUCUAAUUUUGAGAAAUUUUAUAUUAAACCGGGUGCAUUUGCCGAAGAAUUACGUAACAAAUGUUCAGGAAGUUCAACAAUUGGACAAGCAGUGCACAACCCUGCCAUCACCGAAGUCCAAGUGCAAGGGCCUCAUGGUCCUUUAAUCAUAGAAAUCUUGAAAUCUAAAGGUAUACCCAUCCUGGCUAUUGACUUUGAAGAUAAGGUCAAGAAAAAGAAGAAAAGAUCGUAA